AUGCCUAGAUCUAAGCGUCAUAAGUUAGUGACUCUCGCUCAAACCGAUAAGAAAGGUAGAGAAAAUAAGGAAAGAAUCUUUGAUGAAGUAAGGUCAGCGUUGGAUAGCUACAGGUACGUUUGGGUUUUACAUUUGGAUGAUGUGAGAACACCUGUGCUACAGGAGAUCAGGAAUAGCUGGCAAGGAUCUAAACUGAUCAUGGGUAAGCGUAAGGUUUUGGAAAAGGCAUUGGGAAUUACUAGAGAAGAAGAAUAUAAGGAAAACCUAAGCCGAUUAACGAAACACUGUAGCGGUGUAACAGGUCUUCUAUUUACUGAUGAGGAACGUACCACUGUUGAAGAUUACUUUAAAUCGUAUGUGAGGGCUGAUUACUCGAGACCUAAGACUAAGGCGCCCUUAACUUUCGAAAUACCAGCGGGUAUUGUGUAUUCUCGAGGAGGUCAGAUUCCAGAAGAAGAAGAUGUCCCAAUGGUGCAUAGUUUGGAACCUACUUUGAGAAACAAGUUUAAAAUUCCAACCAAGAUUAUGAGCGGGAAGAUUACUAUUGACACACCAUAUCUGGUUUGUGAAAAAGGACAGACACUGGACGUUCGCCAGGCAUUGAUUUUGAAACAAUUCGGUGUUGCUGCGGCCGAAUUUCGAGUGAAACUGGCUGCAUUCUAUGACAAUGAGAAUGCUCAGUUGGAAGCUGUUAGUAUUAACAUGGAAUAA